CUGCACCUGCUGCAACUUCUCGGGGAUAACUCGCUUUAACACCUUAUUUGCCGUUAGGAACAGGGAGAGCUAGACGAGAGCUCAGUGCGUCUGUAUCACCAUGAAGCUCGCGUCUGCAGCUGCUUUUAUCUACAAACUGUUGCCCACUUGACUAACAUUACAUUUCUAUAAAUGGGACGAAACAGUGGUCAUAAUGUUCUUCUCUUACAAAAGCACUGAAUGGCAAAUCUGGGGAAGAUUUUCAUGUUCAUCCGGCACAUAAAAGGCUUACUGGACAAUCGGAGGAUUCCGAAAGAGGACAGUUUGUUAAUUUGCAUGGUCUAUACAAGGUACAUUAGCUACGAUUUGCUGGCUUGCUGGGUAUUAGCGAAGAUACUUCAACUUGAAAUAGGCAGGAUAGAUGUACAGCACCAACUAAAUCAUGACAGUCAGGGAAAGGCGCUGUUGAAGGAAUCUUUGCCCUAUGACAUAAAGUUUUACUUGCAUCUUAACUGAUUUCAAUCAGCUAAUUGUGAUUUUUAGCUAGAUCGUAGUAAGUAAAUAUCCUACAAUUAGUAAGCUAUGGACUUCAACGUUUCUUUAGCAGCUAAUGGUACCUCCGAGGGUAACUUUUUGAAGAAGAACUCUUUCUCGGUGUUUAGCAUCCUCAUUUUAACCUUACUGGUAAUUUUGAUCAUUGCCACUUUUGUCUGGAAUUUACUGGUGCUUGUCACAAUUCUCCGGGUAAAAACGUUCCACAGGGUUCCCCACAACCUGGUAGCCUCCAUGGCUGUCUCAGAUGUGAUGGUUGCAGCUUUGGUGAUGCCCCUCAGCCUAGUAAACGAGCUCUCUGCCAGGAGAUGGAGACUUGGAAGACUUCUCUGCCACGUCUGGAUUUCCUUUGAUGUUCUAUGUUGCACAGCUAGCAUUUGGAAUGUGACUGCUAUUGCCCUGGAUAGGUACUGGUCCAUCACAAGGCACUUAGAAUACACUCUGAAGACUCGAAAAAAGAUUUCUAACAUAAUGAUAGGACUCACAUGGGCUCUUUCCGCAGUGAUUUCAUUGUCCCCACUGUUUGGCUGGGGAGAAACGUACACAGCAGAUGAAGAAAAUUGCCAAGUGAGCCAGGAUCCUUCCUACACCAUAUUCUCAACUUUUGGUGCAUUUUAUUUGCCCCUUUGUGUGGUUCUUUUUGUUUACUGGAAAAUAUACAAGGCAGCAAAGUUUAGGAUCGGAACCCGCAAAAGAAAUGCUGUGAUGCCCAAUGCAGAAAUGGUCCAGGUAAGCAAGCUCCUUCUGUGCACUUCCUGA